UUCCUCAUUCUCCCACUACCUUGCUUUAUUCUCUGCGUACAUAUUACUUGCUUCCUUCAUAACACAUACCUCACCUGAUCUAUUCAUAUUAUGUAGAAAUUAUUCCUUUCUUUAUAUAUCCAAUGGAUGAAUAAAUUAUUAAAUUAUAUUUAUCACAUCUCCACCAUACUUCAUUCAUCCUACCUCCAACCAGACAUCAUUUAGCAACAGUAUUCCAUCUAAAGAAGAGGUGAAUUAAGCUGCACUUUGAAAAGUAAAUGAUGGACUGGCUUUCGUGCUUCGCGUCUGCGUUUGGAAAAGAUUUGGUGUGUGGAGCAGUAGAUGAAUUAUGUUAUCCUUGCUGCUUCAACAACUUUGUGGAGGACCUUCAACAUAAAGAAAACAAAUUGAUCACAACAAUAAAUAGUGUAGACGACCGUGCUAAACAUGCUAAGAAGCAAGCAAUGAAAACAGCUGAAGUUUUGGAUAAGUGGCUGGAGGAAGCCAACCCUCUCAAAGAGGAGGUGGAGGGUCUACUGAAAGAAGCAAGAACAAGCAAGAGCAGCAAAUGUCUUUGUUACUGUCCAAAUUGGCUCUGGCGAUACCGUUUGGGCAAGAAGUUAGCAAACAAAAAAGAUGACAUUGAAAAAUGUAAUGAUGAAGGGAGAAAGUACAUACAACUUGAACGUGUUGCAACACUUACAAGCAUGCCAUCUUUUUCUGGAGACAAAUAUUUGAAAUUUAAUAGUAGAAAACUUGCUUAUCAGCAACUUAUGGAGGCAGUGGAAAAUGAUGAGGUUUCCAUGAUUGGAUUGUAUGGUAUGGGGGGUUGUGGUAAAACCACGCUGGCAAUGGAACUCAUGAACACAAAACAACAUAUGUUUGACAAAGUGCUUUUUGUCACUAUAUCCAACUCCAACACAUUAGAUAUUCGGACGAUUCAGGAUAAAAUUGCAAGCCCGUUGCAGUAUACAUUUCCUGAAAAUGGAGAAAUGGAGAGAGCCCAGCGCUUACGCACAAGGUUAAUCCAAGAAAAUAAGAUUCUCUUGAUUCUAGAUGAUGUGUGGCAAUUUCUAGAUUUUGACACCAUAGGGAUUCCCACCAGUACAACUCAUAAAGGCUGCAAGGUUUUGAUUACUACUCGGUUAGAAGCAGUUUGUACGUCGAUGGAUUGUCAAAGAAAGAUUUCACUGUCAAUCUUAAAGAAUGAUGAAGCAUGGGUUCUUUUCCGAAAGCAAGCAUGCUUGUCUGAAGUCACCUCUGAUACCUUAAAGCGUUUGGCAAGGCUAAUUUCAGAUGAAUGUAAAGGACUACCUGUUGCUAUUGCAGCUGUGGCCAGCACUUUGAAAGGCAAGUCUGAAGUGGAAUGGAAGGUUGCAUUGGAUAGCUUGCGAAAUUCGAAGCCAGUGAAUGUUGAAAAAGGUCUUCAAAAUCCUUACAAGUGCUUGCAGUUGAGUUAUGAUAAUUUGGAUACUGAAGAAGCCAAGGCGCUUUUCUUGUUGAGCUCUGUGUACCCUGAAGACUAUGAAAUUUCAGUAGAACAAUUAACUAGAUGUGCAAUAGGGCUAGGCCUUGGUGGAGAAAUUCACUCAUAUGAAGGGGCAAGGAAUGAAGUCAGUGCAACUAUAAACAAGCUCAUAAGUUCUUGUUUAUUGUUAGAUGGACAAGAUCAUGUCAAGAUGCAUGACUUGGUUCGUGAUGUAGCCCACUGGAUUGCAAAUGAUCACUAUUCACCAAGAUACCUAUGGACUGAGAAUGUUCCAUAUGAAUUGGAUUUUUCCAAUCUUGAAUAUCUAUGGCUAAGAACAGAAUUGGAAAUAUCAGGUGAAAUUUACAAAAGGAUGAGGAAGCUUAGAGUUUUGCUUCUUCUCAAUCCCACUGGAAGAAAUCCAUUGUCGACAAUGGCAUUCAAAUCGUUGACCAAACUUCGAUAUCUAUUCCUCUCUUGGUGGGAAUUAAGUGACUUUUCGUUUUUAGGAGAUAUGAAGGAACUUGAAACUCUUGAAUUAUUUGGUUGUUCAUUCAUUGAAUUACCCAAUGAUGUUGAAGUUACACAACUGAAGAACUUGAGAUUGUUAGCUUUAGCAGAAUGUCGCAUAAAAAAGAAUAAUUUUGAGGCUAUUGCAAGACUCCAAUUGUUGGAAGAAUUGUACGUUGGUGAUUGGUCAUCAACAUGGGAUCACUACAAUGAAAAUGUUGCUGAACUCUUUAACAAGUGUAGUGUGGUCCAAGGGCUGAAAAGGUAUGUGAUACAAGGAAAUGACAUCCCAUAUCCUAUUUUCGAAUUUGAGCCGCUAAGGUACAUUCCUUAUCAGAAAAUUUUGGUGCUUGGUUAUUUUCAUACAUCAUAUGCAGCAGCAAAGGUUUUGGCCGAAAGAGCAGAGUAUUUGACUUUAAAACAGAUUGAGGGAGGCGCGAAAAAUUUUAUGCCUGACAUAAUUCAAUUAGGAGGAGGAGGAGGAGGAGGAGGAGGAAGUAUGAAUGAGUUGAAGUAUGUUAAGAUAAGAAACUCCAAGGAGAUAAAGUACUUAAUUGACACUAGCAAUCAUUUGAGCGAGGUUGGAAAUCUCUUCCCUGAAUUGCUUGUUCUGAAAAUUUAUGAUAUGGAUCACUUAAUAACUCUAUGCCACGGUCAUUUACCUUCGAGCGACCCUUUCCAGAAAUUAGAAGAGCUGCACUUAAUUAACUGCCCAGAGGUUACAUAUCUUUUCACAACUGUAGUAGCUCGAAGUCUAGCAGAGCUGAAAACUUUGUGGAUAGAAGAAUGCCAUGGUUUGAAGCAUAUAUUAGUAGAGGAUGACACAGAGGAUAUAAGUCCAUAUGAUAAUAGUUUGGUGUUCUCAAAAUUAGAGUUCCUCAGGGUCUAUAAAUGUGGAAAGAUAGAAUAUAUAAUCCCGGUCACUGUUGCCCAAGGCCUUGUACAGUUAGAGACUUUGCAUAUUUUGAAAAAUGAUGCAUUAAAAUAUGUAUUUGGAAGAAACUCACUUGGACCUCAGAGUGGAAAUGAACUCGAUAUCGAGAUUCCUGCUUUGAAUUUUCUUUGGCUUGAAGACUUGCCACAAGCAAUUAGCAUUUUCCCAGACAAUUGUUAUCCAAGGUUGCCAUCUCUGCAAAAGUUCUGUUUGAUAAGCUGUCCAGAAUUUGCCACAAAGUCUAUCAGAACUUGCAGGAAGAUAGAAAAUUGGUACGAUCACGAAGAAAAAAAGGACUUGGAAAAUCUACCUCAGUUGACAUAUAUUUGCAUGUCUUUCAAAGACCCUUCUAAAUUCAAAAAACUUGCAUUUUUAAACAUAACAGGAUGUGAAAAAGUAGAUGUAAUUUUUCAUGCGCGUGUUUCAAGAUGCCUAUGUGAGUUGAAGAUUUUAGUUAUAAGAGAAUGCAAAGAAUUGAAGCAGAUUGUUGAGGAGGAAGUGGAGAAUGACAAAUUAUCAAAUCUUCCUUCUCAACAGCCACAACCAUGCUUCCCAAAGCUAGAAUUACUCUUCGUCGAAGAAUGCCACAAAUUGAAACGUUUCAUCUCUUUCUCUAGAUGUAAUGAUCUUCCCAACCUAGUUGCUCUGAUCAUAAGUAGAGCCUCAAAGCUAGAAGAACUAAUAGGAUGUGAACAAGGAAAUGGUGGUUAUGAGAUAGGAGAAAAGAAAGUUGAGCUUCCAAAACUGAAAUAUGUAAUGUUCAGGCAGCUGCCAAAACUCUGCCAAUUGAUUGAAUCACAGAUUGUAAGGCAUUGUACUGUUAUCAAUUGCCCAAAACUCUCUUUGACUUCAACUGCCACUUUUCAGGAGUUCAAGGAAGAAAUCUUAAAGGACGACGUUUCGCAAAUUAGUGGGAUUGAAAGUUGGGAGCUACGUGACAUAAUAAAUUCAGUGAUAAGGGGUGAAAAUUCUAUUGAGCAAGCUCAAGCAGCCUCAGGGAGUGAGUUAGCUUCUUCACAGAUUAAUGAAGAAUCAAAGAAGGAAUUUAUUGAGGAAGUUUCUAGUUCAGAGAAGAAGGAUCCCAUGCCAAAAACCAGUUCAACACUUGGUAAAACAGUAAGUGAAGACAACCAAAUUCAAAGCGAAUCAACUGCACCUGAAUCAUCCAAGUUCGUAGAAUCAGAAAAGAGAAAGCAAAGCGAUACCACACUUAAAAUUGUUGAAGCUGAAAUUGCACCCAUUUCUUCACCCAACUUGAUAGAUAGUAUUGAGGAAACCAAGAGAGCCAAUACGGGAAAGGAUCCAGCAUUAGACAAACCAGCCAUACCAAGUUCUGGUUCAGAACUAAGAGGGCCAUCUCCAACAUCAUUAACAACUCCUCUACAUAAAGUACCUCUGCAUUUGGUGGAUCAAGAGCAAACCAGCUUACAAGGUGUUCUAGAAAAACAAGUCACCCUUGGAGAAACAAUUAGCAUUGAGGACAUAGGAAAAGAAACAGUUCAAGAGGGGAAUGCAUCAAAUGAAACUAGGAUGAAAACUUUGUCCACUGGUGUAGAAGGCAUUGGAGAGGGAUCAAACAUGAUGAAUAAAGAAGGUAUGAUAGGUGUUGUUUCUAAUGACAGCAUUGAGGUUCCUACAGGAGCAUGCACGAACUUUGCUGGUAUGGAUGAUGCACAAGUUGCUAUAAAUAAUGCUCAACUUAAGUCAUGUCCAUAUAGCGGAAUAAACCUCAGGCAGACUGAGACAGAUAUAGACAUAGAAAGUGCAGACCAUCCUAUAAAUAUUGACGACUUGUGUGUUUCUGAACUAGCUUCCGAGCAUUCUUCCACCAAAGAUAACUUAGUAGCAAAGACAGUUGUUGACCUGGAAGAGUCUCUAAAUAUGCCUCUGAAGGACAUAGCUAGGUCCGAGGCUAACUGCAUUCGCCUUCUGACAGCUCUUAAGUUCUUGUCCCACCUUUCUUUAAAAGAUGCAGCUCUGCCAGAUGGACUUAAAACUAUAAUAGACUCUAUGCAUAAAGAACUUCCAAGCAUUCUAUGUUCCUUCAAGCAAGCCUUUGUUACCAUUGAAAAAUUUGCAGUGAUUGGAGCUCAUCAGAAUGAGGCUGCCAAUAAUCUUGUUUCCAAAAUUUCUAAGGUAAAGGAUUUUUUGGAUGAAGCUCAACAGAAGGAAGCAGUAUUGAAGGGAGAGAUUAUUCGGUUGAAGAAAGAAAUGAAUGAUCGUGAGGCUGACCUAUCAUCUCUGCAGGAGGAAAAGAAGAAGUGCAUUCAAGAAAGUAUAGGUUACAAAAGGGAUUUUGGGAAUGUGAGCAAAGACAUAUCUCAAAUGGUGGAAGAUCAAAGAAAAGCUCGGCAAGAAUUAUUUGCGGUGGAUUAUAAAUGGUCGGCUCUAUGUAGCCAAUUUCACCACAACCGCAUUGUUAAUAGAAAUCACUCUUAAAGGAUAUUUCUUGGUUGUUAUUUUUCUAAAUUCAUUAAGUUUUAGAGGCUAUCAUAUUAGUAAUUAUUUACUCAACUAUUAUGCAGAUUAAUUCUUUGCAAAUAAUAGAAGACACAUACCAACUAUGUUGUCCACUCCUUCGUUUCUAGUCCAUAGUCCAUACAUUGGUUAAUGCAAAAUAUGGAACUGAACGUGUAGCUUCCUGUAUGUAUGUGUGCCACUGUUUAUCAACAUAAACAGGAACUAUUGAAUUUUUUUGUUAUAACUAUUGUAUGGUUUGGGGUUACACUUGUAGAGUGAGCCUUCUCCCUCUGUUUACUAACAUAAAUGAAAAAUGGCUCUGAUAUAUAUUAUUUGUUCAUUGAUUAACAUCAAAUUUCCAAUAUUUUUUUAACACACAACACUUCAUAUUCAUUCAUGAAGUGAUAGUGAUAUUGAUUAUGAGU